UCCUCCGUAUUUCUCAGUGUCUUUCUCUAAGCCUUCCCUCCUCUUCUCCUACGUCUCUUCUCAUUCUUCACUGUUAUCUUCUUAUCUUUACUCUCUUUCCCCAGGCAAAUAGACGAGAAGAGGGAAAAAGGGGUCUUUAAUUUUGCUUUCAAAUAUGCUGCAAGAUAUGUGGACUGCUCCUCCUGGUUUCAGACCCACCAAAUCUGCUCCCACUUCACCAGCCAAGCCUCUUGGGGUGUCCAGAACUCGCUCUGAGUCCUUUCAUGCCAUCCACAAAGUCCCUGUGGGUGACAGUCCUUAUGUGAGAGCAAAAAAUGUUCAAUUGGUAGAUAAAGACCCAGAGAAGGCGAUUCCCUUGUUUUGGGCAGCUAUAAAUGCUGGGGAUAGAGUGGAUAGUGCUUUGAAAGAUAUGGCAAUUGUCAUGAAGCAACAGAAUCGGGCUGAGGAAGCCAUUGAAGCUAUCAAGUCAUUACGAAACCGAUGUUCAGAUCAAGCGCAAGAGUCCCUUGACAAUAUUCUUUUGGAUCUUUACAAGAGAUGUGGGAGGUUGGACGAUCAAAUAGCAUUGUUGAAACACAAGCUUUACUUGAUUCAACAAGGGCUUGCCUUCAACGGGAAACGCACAAAAACUGCUAGGUCUCAAGGGAAGAAAUUUCAGGUCUCUGUGGAACAAGAAGCAACUAGGUUAUUGGGGAACCUGGGAUGGGCAUUGAUGCAGCAAAAUAACUACGUUGAAGCAGAAGAUGCCUAUCGGCGGGCACUUUCUAUUGCACCUGAUAACAAUAAAAUGUGCAACCUUGGUAUAUGCUUGAUGAAGCAGGGAAGAAUUGCAGAGGCUAAAGAGACAUUGCGUCGAGUGAAACCAGCAGUUGCAGAUGGUCCAAGAGGUGUUGAUUCCCAUCUCAAAGCGUAUGAAAGGGCACAACAGAUGCUCAAGGAUCUUGAAUCCGAGAUGAUGAACAAGGGAGGAGACCGGGUUGAACAGAGUAGGCUCUUUGAUGCGUUUCUUGGUUCUUCGUCGAUUUGGCAGCCUCAGCCUUGCAAGGAUCAUAACUUCUUGUCAACAACUAAUGCAAGCAAAUUUCAUGAUGAUUUUGCCGAUGAGAACGUUGAUUCAAAUAUAGUAACAACCCAGACGGUGCUUUCACAGCAAAAAAGUAUCAAACAGUUUGCUCUUUUUGGGAAUUCUCUGAAUGUGGACGCACCCCCAUUUUAUUCCUUGAAAAUGGUGAAAGAGCCAACUGGGUCUCAAUUCCAUGAGACCCUUAAGAGAACAAGAUCAGGAAACGCUGCUAAUGAAAUGGGGGUGGUCAAGCCAUCAGUGGAGCCUGACAAGCCAGAAACCAAGUCAAGAAGGCUAUCUGACGAAACAGAGGAGAGAUUGUCUGAGUUGUUGCCAGACAACAAGGACUUUGAGGAGGCUAUUCUUGCAGCAGUUUUGGAUCCAACAAAUGAAGCAGGGAAGCCGGUUGAAAGUGUCAACACCAGUAUCUUUCAGACGAAGAUAGAAAAGAGGCUAAAGGUUUUCCAGGACAUCACACUCUCUCUCAGCCCAAGAGCCUAGCCUGAAUAAAGUUUAGCCUAAAUCACCUUAACUAAUUAAAUCGUAUAAAUUUCUAGGAUGGAGAUGAACUUGUUCUCCUUGACCCUAGUUCCAGUAGGAGUACGGCUGUGGGUUUUCCCACCAUACUCGAGCAUAUUGUUUCUAUUUAUUUGUGUAAGGCAUAUAUUUUUAAUUGGGAAUAAUUCAAUGUCUCGUUUCACGCA